UGCCUUCGCCCACGCAACAGUUUGAUCAUCACGCCGAUCAACUGCAGCAAAACUGUCGAUACACGAGCACAGUGCCGCCGAACACAGCGCAAACAUACGACGCCGUCAUGUAUGAAAAUUCAUGUUCAUAUCAAACGGCGCUCGAUCUGAAGCGUGUCUCACCGCCCACGCUGGCGCAAGUGAAGACCGAAGAUUGCCUACCGCUCGGACAAUGCUCGCCCGAUUGGUCCACAUAUCGCUUCCAUCAGUCCACAUUCGAACAGUUGAAGCAAAGCGUAGAGAAAGCGAAAGCGGCGUUGCAGGAUCGAAGUGGUUUCUUUGGGGCAUCGAGUGCAUUCAGCGACAUCUACUCGACGCAACGACUAAGCGACACGCUCGGCGAUACGCUGCCCAAUGUACAGUCGACGAAUGGCGGCAACUGUAUUGGCAUUGUACACAACAGCAGCGGUUUGGGCUGUAAUACGGUGGCGAGCACGCCGAGUCUGGUGCUGAAUGGCAAUUGCAUAACCACCGUUUCAUCGGCCACAACGGGGCAGCGUUAUCGCUUGGAUAGCCUACAGCCAGUGACCGGUUGCUCGCCCGUCUCCCAGCAUGGUCUCAUCAGCACAAGCAGCGCGCCGCCACCGCUGACGCCAGGCGCGCUGGAUGCGAACAGUGUGGUGGUGGAGAGCAAGUCGAGAGAAAAAUCGUCCUCUGUAUGUUCGUCCUCUUCCACGCCGCACGCUGUCAGCACGAGUAGUGAAAAUCAUCGCAGCUCCAGCAAAUGCAUAAGCGAGAAGGACGAGGCGUUUAAGGAUCAUUUCUAUGAGCGCUUGGAGAACACAUACGAGCGCUGCCUCUGUCGCGAUGUCAAAAUCGUGUUUGGCAAUAUCAAUGCCAGGAUAAACGCAUGCCCGACUACUGGAAUUAAAGUGCGCUCUGCGCAGUCCACAAUAAAAGCGACCCCGCCACUUGCACCAACUACCAAGGUAUCCGACUUCUAUGCAUCGGAAAGGCUGAAACCCACCGCCAACGAACUGAGUAAGCCUUAG